AUGCUUACUGUUGCACGAGGCAAUAAACAGCAACAGCAGGAGGACCAAAUUAGAUUGCUGGUUGCUUCACUUGUUGAAUCGUAUCAUCGUAUGCAUGGUGGUUCACCACAAGCCAAUCCUAGAGCCUUUUUUCUGAUAUGUCAAGUGCUUCUCAGGGCAACCACCACCUCCACCAUCUCAUCGGCGGGCUUUGUUGAUAACGUGUAUCACGAUAUGCAGUCUCAUGCCCAGGCCACUGCUAUUCAAAACAUUCUACGCACAGCUUCACAAACAAUCCAUGAUCCAGAUUAUCAAGCAAAGAUGAUGAUGACUUUGUCAUCUUUCUCCGGUCUCCAUGACGACGAGCAACGCCAACAAUGUCAACCUUCCUCAACAACGACAUCAUCAUCAUCCCCUUCUUGUUGUUCCAUAUUGGACCAUUCUUCCGAACAUGAAGAGCAGCAGCAGCAGGAGAAGGAGAAAGAGGAGGAGCAUCUUCUUUUCAACUUGUCGGUUCAAAAUUCGCGAUAUCAGAAUGAUUUUGUGGAGAUUGGUAUGCUUGGAAGAGGAGGAUUUGCCAGCGUAUGGCGUGCACGCAACAAAUUGGAUGGUAUUGAAUAUGCUAUCAAGAAAAUCAGACUUGCUCGACGUAAUCCAACCAUCUUUCGAGAAAUCAAGCAUCUCGCUCGACUUGAACACCGUAACAUUGUACGCUAUUAUUCAUCAUGGCUACAGGUGACAUCUUCCACUGUGCAUGAGCAAGACGAGGAAGAAGAGAUAGGACAUCCACCACAACCACCCGCUGUUAUCAACAACAACAACAACCAUGACAACCAGAGCAAACGUGAUAGUACGUCGUCAUUGUGGAUGAAUAACAUGCCUGACAUGCUAUCGGAUAUGACAUUGGAUACAACCUCAUCAACAUCGUCACCCAUCCAAUUUGGUCACCACGACAACAGCAGCACCACCACUUCUACUACUAGCAGUACAUCUUCCUCAGAAAGGGAUCCAUUUGUGAACAAAGAAUGCAGCAACCCAAAGUCACAUGCACAACAGCAUCAUCAUCAGGAGUGGACUUUGUACAUCCAAAUGCAGCUUUGUCCAUCAACGCUGCAUGAUUACAUCAAGUUGCGUAACCAAAAACUCACCACGGAUGCUUCUUGUUGCGAUCUUUUGGAUUCAGAACGCAACCUUGAGAUAUUCUCGCAGAUAUUGGAAGGGGCAGCUUAUAUCCAUGAGCAAGGGAUCAUCCAUCGUGAUCUCAAACCCACCAAUAUUUUCUUGAGUAUGCCAGCGUCUUUUCAUGAACAGCGUAAAGGGCGUCGACGAAGCCGUGCCAAUAGCCUUGCCAGUGUACAAUCGUCUUCAUCACCACACCAUUUGGACAACAACGACCCUGUUACAGUAGCGAUACCACCAGGAUGGGAUGAACAACCCUGGGUCCCCAAAAUUGGUGAUUUUGGUUUGGCUGCUGCAUCCUUUUCAUUACCACCAUCCCUUGAUGAAUACGAGCAUCUUUACAAUAACCACAUUUCCUCCACCACGUCGCUCACAAGUAACAGCAGCAGCAGUCGACGACGCAUGUCAUUUCAUCGUACUACACGUACCAGCGGUGUAGGUACAAUGACUUAUGCAUCACCCGAACAAUUGGCAAAAUCACCUAGUGCAUACGAUGAAAAGGUUGAUAUUUACUCAUUGGGCAUCAUCUUUUUUGAAAUGCUUCAGCCAUUUUCAACAUGCAUGGAGCGUGCUGAAGCAAUUGAUGGUUUAAAACAAGGCAUCUUCCCCUCUGGAUUUGUAGAGAGAUACCCAAGAGAGACGGCAUUGAUUUUGUGGAUGAUGGACACAGACCCUGAAAAACGACCCACAGCAGCGCAAUUGCUAGAGUGUGAGCUCUUUGUAGUUACGGAUGAUUCCACAGACGCAUUUACGAUGCUCCAAUCACAGCUGCUGGCAAAAUCGCUCGAACUUGAGAAGAAGACAGAGGAGAUCGUGACCUUAAAACAACGAGUGGAGCUUGUUGAGAGUACUCGAAAACGAGAGGUGGAUGAAAUGACACAUCGAUUGAUUGAAUUAGAGCAAAAGCUGGCUCUUUUGCAACAAACACGAGCAAAGCCUACAAGUAGAUCCCAGCUAAGGCAAUACAUUACAUAG